GGAAAAACACGUAAUCUUAUCUGGUUAUCUGGGUACCGUUUGCAUAGCGGGAAGAAAGAGUAGUCUCCAGCAGUCGUACCGACUACUGACCAGCGAACGACCAGCUCUCUGCCGGCGGUCUGCCUAUGUCUCAGGUGGUGGUUGCCAUUGCUUCCGUCGGCACCGCUGGUUUGACGACCUGUGGACCGCGCCAGAGAAGGGUAAAGGCCGAAACCAAGGACAAGGGGAGUAGCAGUAGCAGUCUCGGCUUUGGCCGAGAGAGGAAGGAGCCGUCGUGGCGGUGCGCACAGGGGUGCGGUGCUUGCUGCAAGCUCGAUAAGGGCCCCUCCUUCGCCACUCCUGAAGAGAUAUUCGAAGACCCAUCUGACAUUCAGCUCUAUAGGAGCUUGAUAGGUACAGAUGGAUGGUGUAUACACUUUGAGAAAAUCACACGUACAUGUUCUAUUUACUCUGAUCGUCCAUAUUUUUGCCGUGUAGAGCCUGAUAUAUUUCAAGCAUUAUAUGGGAUUGACAAGAAGAGGUUCAACAAGGAGGCAUGCAGCUUUUGCCAGGAUACGAUAAAAGCAAUUUAUGGUUCCCAUUCUAAAGAGUUGGAUAAUUUCAACCGUACCAUAAGGAACCCAAGUUCUACUUAAAUUAUUCUGUUCUAUUGCUAGUGGGAUUAACGUGGAGCCUUCACUCCCUUCUUGUUCAUCUCAAGGGAUGAUCCCUUUGAAUUGAAAAGCAGCCUCACUGAGUAUAGAGUGAUGCCAAUUCCUAGAAUGAGGAUCAUAGAAGGUUGAAAUUACUUGGAAAAUGUGAUGAUGCAAAGGAUAAAAGUACAAUAUUCCAAAGUGGGAAUGAAAGCAAAAUGAAGAAUAGAAAGGUUUUAUGUUAUACUGAUAUUAUUUUGUAAUGUUUUUGCUAUUUUUUCCUGAAAAUCUAGGGUUUUUUCAUUGUUAAUGAAACCCUUUGAUUGUGUUAUUGAUAAAAAAGCAAAAUUAAGAAUAUAUUAGAGUUUGGCUUCUUUUGAGUUCAGAAUUCCAUUGCUAAAGCUUUU